AUGACGUACAUCCGCUCGUUUACCCUUCUCGCUGGACUGGCUCUAUCUUCGACGGAUGCCCAAGGGCUACUACCAGAGUCUGAGACGAUGGAGGGCGGGUACAGCACUACUCGAGCUAUGACCCUGAAAGAGGUCGCGUUCCUGACGACGACUGCAUGCCAUCCAAGCCUGUACAAUGCGGACGUGACCAGCCGUAUCUGCUUUACGGAAUUCAGCUCGAUUCAGUCGCAGGUUGUGUCUGGUACGAAUGACAAGUUCAUGGUGAAGGGCUGCUCUGUGAACGGGAACGAACUCUUGGGCUUCUGCCGCCCUGGCGUUUGUACCACGCCCUCGGGCUACGAAGUCAUCAUCAACUCGCAGGCUUGGAUGAACACGGUCAAGUUGACGUCGAUCAGGGAGGUCACCGUAGUCGAAACUCUUCCAUACCCAAUGACAGUGUAG